AUGGCGGAACCAGGAAAAAGAUCUAUAGUCAUCGUCGGCGGGGGAAUCAUUGGCAGCACGACGGCAUACUUCUUGACCCGCCACCCCAAAUACAACCCAGCUCUUCAUUCCAUCCACCUGAUCGAAGCCACUGGAAUUGCCAGUGGUGCAUCGGGCAAAGCCGGUGGUCUCAUAGCCCUAUGGGCCUACCCAUCCUGCCUGGUGCCUCUGAGCUUCAAACUGCACGGCGAACUCGCCCGAGAACACAACGGCGUGGAACGUUGGGGGUAUCGAGGAGUCCACGUCGGACAGAUCGAUCUGGUCGGUCGCCAUGUGAGCAACCAGCCCAAGAUAUCCGCCAACGGGGAUUCCAAGGGCGACGACAUCAGAGGCCUGCAUCGGCCGGAUGUGUCAAGUGAUGGCAACGUGAGUCUGCAGAAGAGAAGCAAAGAGUCGUACGCAAAUCUCCGCAAGGCUGGGAUGCCGGAUGACCUCGACUGGGUCGCGGAGGAAUGCGUGCAAGGCUACGACAGCAUGGGCUCCCCAAGAGACACUGCACAAGUCCAUCCCUACCAAUUCACCACGUCCAUGGCCGAACUUGCCGCAGAGAAGGGCGUCAAGAUCAUCCUUGGCAGCGUCGACAAGAUCGAGUCGUCUCCAUCGGGAGAGCACACGGUCAAAUACACGGAUAAGGCCACAAAUUCGCAACAGUCUCUUUCCGCAACCGAUGUCAUCGUGACCGCCGGCCCCUGGACCAAGACUGUUCUGCCCGGAACUCCGAUCGGGGCCCUGAGAGCCCACAGCGUCACCAUCCGUCCGACACGUCCGGUCUCGGCGUACUGUCUGUUUACUCAGCUUGCACUGCCGAAGAAUUUCAAGGAAGGAGCCAAGUCGCGGGCAAUGAGCGUCAGUCCCGAAGUUUAUGCUCGCCCAAACAAUGAAGUGUACGCUUGCGGCGAAGGGGACCAUCUUGCGCCCCUGCCGAAAUCUACUGCCGAAGUCCAAGUCGAUGAUUCGCGCUGUCAGGAUAUUGUGGACUACUGUGCAAGUUUAUCUGACGAGCUGCGCGAUGGAGAAGUCUUAGUCCGCCAGGCUUGUUACCUGCCACAGGUGGAGACCGGCGCAGGUCCGCUGGUCGGGCUGACCAAGACUAAAGGGGUGUAUCUUGCUGCGGGACAUACCUGCUGGGGCAUCCAAAACGGACCGGGCACAGGCAAGUUGAUGAGCGAAUUUGUCUUCGAUGGCAAGGCCCUCAGUGCGAAUGUGAGCAGUUUAGAUCCGAGGAAGGUAUUGAGAUAG